AUGGCAAGCAAGGUCCCAUGGAGAGCGACUUUGAGCUCAACUCUUGAGCCUGCAAAGGCCUUGACGCGAGCUCGCGCUGGACAAAUCACCAGAGCGAUAUCAAUCUCCUCUCCUCGAAUGGUCGCAAUGCCCCAGGAGUCCCAUAACAUGAGAGAAGCCCCGAGAGACGCAAUUGGAACCCUCAAAGCGCCCAUCGUCAAUCCGACAGCCAAAUACCAAAGCAAGGCAGACAAUCUUCAUCGAUAUGGAACCUGGUUAAUGGGAUGCCUCCCAAAGUACAUCCAGCAAUUCUCUGUCUGGAAAGACGAACUCACCAUUUACAUUUCGCCAUCUGGGGUUAUCCCGGUCUUUUCUUUCCUAAAGUAUAAUACGGCUGCAGAAUUUACUCAAGUUAGUACUGUUACUGCAUGCGACUACCCUACCCGCAGUAAUCGAUUCGAGGUUGUUUACAACUUGCUCUCCGUUCGAUACAACUCUCGCAUCCGAGUCAAAACUUACGCCGACGAGUCAUCCCCUGUGCCAAGCAUCACCAGCCUAUUCGGCGGCGCCAACUGGUAUGAACGUGAAGUCUACGAUCUAUACGGCGUCUUCUUUACGGGCCACCCUGAUCUGAGACGUAUCAUGACGGACUAUGGAUUCGAGGGCCACCCUCUACGAAAAGACUUCCCACUUACGGGAUACACCGAGAUUCGCUAUGACGAGGAGAAGAAACGAAUUGUCACCGAGCCACUAGAACUUACCCAAGCUUUCCGAAACUUUGAAGGAGGAUCCAGCGCUUGGGAACAAGUUGGGUCGGGCGAAGAUCGCAAACCUGAGACCUUCAAACUGCCUGCUGCUAAGCCAGAGGAAAAGAAGUAG